GUUUGGUUUCAAAACCGUCGAACAAAAUGGAGAAAGAAGCACGCUGCAGAAAUGGCAACUGCAAAAAAGAAACAAGAACAAGCAGAAGAUAUGGAAGGAAAUUCGGAACCGGAAGAUGAAAAUGGUGAUCACGUGCUGAAAGGCGACUGUAACUUUCUUGAUGGCGUCGAUUUAUAA